UCUUUGCGUGGAGAAAGCUCACAAAGAAUUACUCAAAUUUCAUCUCACAAAACUCACUCUGUUGCUAAUGAGCUAGCAUCUGGAAGUAUUAAAGUUAAAAAUGUUGAGGAUUUGGGUGACUGUAACCAUGAAAUUACUGGGUUGUAGCAACUAUUGUACACAUUGAAUUAGGUCGUGGAUGGUGCUAUUUAGCAUGCAAAAAUUGCUCAAAGAAACUAGAAAAAGCGGGGAGUAAAUUCUAUUGUAAAAAAUGCGAGCAGAUUCAAUCUGUCAUUCAUAGACUACAAGUUAAAGUGAUGGAUUGCACCGACACAAUUUCUUUGCUGUUAUGGGAUAAGGAUGCAACUAAGAUUAUCGGAAAGUCAGCAAAUGAUUUAAAGGAUGUUGAAUUUGAGACUUCUGGUGCUGCAGACGACUCAUCAUGUCCAAUGAAGAUAAAAAAUAUUGUUGAAAAAAGGGUCAUGUUUAAAGUUGAGGUUAACAGUUCCAACAAUCAGAAUAAAGAUGUAGUCAUAAGAGUUGUUACACUUACUGACGACGAGGAAAUUAUAAAGAAAUAUAUUCCUUCUCCACAAGAAGAGACGUUCAAAGAUCCAGAUUUCAAUAACAACGAAGUCAUUCAGGAAGAUAACAAAAUCACGGAUUCUACUGAAGAUAAUGAGUUGAUCGAUGUUGCACAUACACCUGCCAAGAUAGGUUUAACUAAUCCUGUAGCAGUGGUUGAAGAAGAUUCGAAUGCAUAG